UGCCGAGUGGUAUGAGCAAUCUGCCUGCAGGGGUUGAUAUACCCUCCAUGACCACUUCUGCCGUUAUCUCAGAGUCUGUCGGACCUCAGCCCGAGGGGACCUCCGUUGGCGUUGGAUCUCGAUCUUCUCUAUAUGAGCGUGUCCGCACCCUUUUGGUCGAUACCGAUCCUGAUAGAGAUAUUUUUCGUACGGACCUUGGCUUCUUUACUGCCUUUUAUAACGGCAUGAUCGAGAAACUUCUUCACCGAGGAUACUGUUUCGAUCAGUUCAGACGUUCCUUCUCUCGCCACAUGAUGAUGAUGAGGGAAGAAGGAUAUCCGGAGUUGGCCGAUUCCUUCACUGCCGAUUUCACUGUUCUGGAGUCAGAGAUCCGAGAGUUGAAGGAAUUGGAGACUAACGGGGCUUCAUCUUUCGUGUCCUCUCAGCUGGAGCAUAGGCUGGCACAGUGGCGCGACCUGAGAUCUUCUAUCGGAUGCGAGCUUCAGUCACAUGAGAGCUCCAUUGCGCAGCUAAUGGCUACCGUAGCGAGGAAAGAUACAGAUAGAGCUGAGCUACUCCGCUCUUUGGGCUCGAGCCGCGAGGAAGUGACUAGGUUGAAAGAGGCUUUGAAGCGCGCCGAGGCAUCUGUUACUCUUAUUGCAGAUGACCUGGCUGGAUUAGAGCAUUCUCGUGAACAGGCACUCGAGAGGCUAGGAUCCACCCAGGAGAGACUGAUGAAGCUGAAGAGCGAAGCCGUGGAGAUUUUGAGCAGUUCCGAAGAAUCUGCUCGAGCUAAUCUGUAGGCAGAACUCGAUCAGAGUUAUGUAGAUAGACUUUUUAGUUUAAAGUCUCAUGUUCUCAGCCGCCAACUGCCUUCGGGCUAACGAGCUUUUUAUUGUAUGCUUUUGACUCGAUCUAUUAAUAGAGACUCCGCAUUUGCUUUUUUCGUGAUCUUUCUGUGUUUAUUCUGAAUGACAAGAUUUACGGGAUUUUUUGGCAAACCCCCAGUCAUGAACGGGUUUGAUAUGCCUUUACCGAUUACCGUUUGAAUCGGG